GAAAUCUUGAACAAGCUUCAUGAAAAAUAAAAAUGGCAGCCUCCAUGGUGCAGUAUGUUGUUGUAAGAGGCGAUCUUUUACAUGCCUUGAAAUGGCCAACAGGUGCUGUCAUAGCACAGGCAUGCCAUGCUUGUACUGCUGUGAUACAUCUUUUCAAGGAGGAUGAAAAUGUAAUGAAAUACACAUCGGAUCUGGACAACAUGCACAAAGUUGUUCUUGAGGCAAAGAAUGAAGCAGAUGUCAGAACAUUAUCAGAGAAAUUAAAAGAGAAUAACAUUGAUCAUAAACUGUGGAUUGAACAACCUGAGGAUUAUGCCACCUGUCUAGCAGUGAAACCCUAUCCAAAAGAGGAGGUCCAGAAGUUCUUCAAGAAAUUCAAACUCUUUAAAUGAUAUUAAUUGGCUCAAGUUUUUUUGAAGAGCUGGAAAAGGACCUUGUCUUUUCAUUUAAACUGAUGGCAGAGGAGGGACUGUUUGCAACAUGUGAGGGAUGUCAUGCCUACUUGAUCAAUUCCAGUAUCAUGAACUAACAUUAAUUAAAACCACCUUUCUUGCUUUUCCUGUUUCAAGUGGGUUUACUUAUUAGCAUCAUGAUCAUAGUUUACAGACAAGUUUUCUCCUAAAAAAUCAUUAAUUAUUCCUAAGCUCUAAUCUCAGGAUUAUCGCGUCAAUACCAAAUCAGAAAAGUAAUAGUCUCAUCCCACAUGGUCUAAUCCUAUUUGUUACGUAAUGGAAGUCAUCAGCAAAAAUCAUGUAUAUGGACAUGGGUAUUUUAAUAU